AUGACAGAAAAAAACUUUAUUAUUGAUUGUGAUGCUGGUGUAGAUGAUGCAUUAGCAUUGAUAAUAUUGAUUGCUGCUCACAAGCAAAAACAAAUUCAAAUCAAAGCAAUCACUUGUGUUCAUGGAAAUACUACAGUGGACAAUGUAGUUAAAAAUGUGUUCAGGACAUUGCAUGUUUGUGAGACAACAGAUAUACCAGUGUUUCAAGGGGCAUAUGAACCUAUACUUUAUACACAGCAUACUGAGAAAGCUACUGAAGACAAAUACCAUGGCAGUGAUGGUUUUGGAGAUGUAUAUAUUACCAGUGUAGAUACAAGUAAAUUACAGGCAGAACAUGCAGCAUAUGCUAUGAAUAGAAUUGUAACAGAGAAUGCAAAUAACAUUAGUAUUGUAUGUUUGGGUCCUCUAACAAAUGUAGCAUUAGCUAUAAAAAUGUAUCCUCAAUUUGUUAAUAAUGUAAAAGACUUUUACAUUAUGGGAGGAAAUGUAACAGCACAGGGUAAUAUAACACCUCAAGCAGAAUUCAAUUUUUACAUGGACCCAGAAAGUGUUCACAUAGUUUUCAAUAAUAACAAAAAACCUUUGUGGUUGUUACCAUGGGAAACAUGUUUAAACUCUCACAUUACACAUGACUGGAGAAGAGAUGUACUAGGUCAAAUUGAUACAGCUUGUAUGCGACUCAUGAAUGAUAUUGAAGAUGGAUGCAGGAGAAUCAGGAAGAAACAUUUUCCUACAUACAUUAUGUGUGAUGCAGUUUUAGCUGCAAUUUUAUUGAAACCAGAAAUUGCUCAAGACAUAGCUCAAUAUCAUGUUGAUAUUGAAUUAUAUGGCAAUAGAACAAGAGGUCAAGUAGUGCUUGAUCAUUUAUUGUCAAAUGCACCUAAUGUGUUUUUAAUUAAACAGUUUGAUUCAGAAAUAUUUAAAGAUCUGUUAAUACAUUCUGUUUGUGUAUGA